AUGGAACUCAUUAAAGAUAAAGUCCCCCGGUUUACUCAGCUUUACCAUCAAUGGAGGGCCCUUCGUAACGUGCCUUUCCGCAAGAAAUUCUUUAUUGGCUACGAUCUUGAUGGUAACACCUACUGGGAGUUUUUCAACCCCAAUAACCCAUUGAGACCCCGUCGAAUUGUGGAUUAUCGUGAAACCAGAAAGAACUGGGUUGAUUAUAAAAUGCCUCCUCAAUGGAUGCAAUGGCUUCGAUUUGCACGACCAACAUACCCAACCCUUGAAGAAUUGGCUGCUGACAAACAGCGCCAGGAGCUUUUGAAGUACCGUGUAAUGGAAGCUGAACAACGUUGGCAAAGCGUUCCCUUGAAGAAUGACCAGUCUGCUCAAACUUCGUCUUUGGAAAUGUUGCUUAAAAACCACAAACAACAAGAACAAGAACAACCACCGCAAAUCUCUCUAGAUGACCUUCAACAAGAAGCUUCAAAAAGUCAUCAACAACAAGAACCUAUUCAAGAAACUACUAAAGAACCCACACCAAGUCCUCUGGUCAAGGCUGACGAAAAACUUAAACAACAACAAUCAAACCCUUCUGACGUCUUUAAACCUACCGGCUGGACACCGGUAUCUCGACGAUAA